UUACGGAGCAUCCCUACUGUCAGAGCUGCUAGGUGACGUUAGGGCCGCCUAGGAAUAGGAGAAUCCGCUCUGGUCAUCAUCGCUCCCAGGGAUUACACCCAAUGAGUUUGCUAUAUCCAGCCCGACUUACGUAACAGCUAGUAAAUUCAGCCAGACCACGUCCAGGAAGCGUAGCUUCAUCGAGCCGGCGACGACCGUUCUUUUUGUAUUAUCUGGAAUUCCUUUUUCCUUUUAAGUGCGUUUUUUAACGUAGGAUAGAACUUAGACGAAGGAUUUCAGAGCGCUCAUAAUGUCAGUGGUUGGCAUUGAUGUGGGUUUCCAGAACUGUUAUGUCGCCGUGGCGAGGAGCGGCGGCAUUGAAACUGUUGCCAAUGAGUACAGUGACAGAUGCACACCGGCAUGUGUUUCUUUGGCCUCCAAAAAUCGUGUGAUUGGAAAUGCAGCCAAGAGUCAGAUCAUUACAAACUUCAAAAACACCGUGCAUGGCUUCAAGAAGUUCCACGGCAGAGCAUUUGAUGAUCCAUUCGUUCAAGCAGAAAAGAGUAAACUCCCUUACAGCUUACAUAAGCUGGCCAAUGGAAACACUGGAAUUAAGGUGCGUUAUUUGGAGGAGGAGAAGGUGUUCACGGUGGAGCAGAUUGCUGGGAUGCUGCUUACCAAGCUGAAGGAGACGUCAGAGAGCGCCUUAAAGAAGCCAGUGGUGGACUGUGUCGUCUCUGUUCCAAGUUUUUUCACAAAUGCUGAAAGACGAUCGGUCCUUGAUGCAACGCAGAUUGCUGGGCUGAACUGUUUGCGGCUAAUCAAUGAUACAACUGCAGUGGCUUUAGCUUAUGGGAUUUACAAACAAGACCUUCCCACUCCAGAAGAAAAGCCGAGGAAUGUGGUUUUCGUGGACAUGGGGCAUUCAUCAUUUCAGAUCUCCAUCACGGCUUUCAACAAAGGAAAACUCAAGGUGCUUGCCUCAUCGUUCGACCCGUACCUCGGAGGGCGUAAUUUUGACGAGUCACUGGUCAAUUACUUCUGCGAGGAAUUUAAGACCAAGUACAAGCUGAACGUGAAGGACAACCCAAGGGCUUUGCUCCGGCUGCACCAGGAGUGCGAGAAGCUGAAAAAGCUCAUGAGUGCCAACUCGUCAGACCUGCCUCUCAACAUAGAGUGUUUCAUGAAUGAUAUUGAUGUUUCAAGCAGGAUGAACAGGACACAGUUUGAAGACAUGUGUGCUCAAUAUCUGAUGAGGGUGGAGGUGCCACUGAAAGCAGCACUUGAACAAUCAAAAUUGAGCAAGGAUGACAUCUAUGCAGUGGAGAUAGUUGGAGGAGCUACGAGAAUCCCGGCCAUCAAGGAGAGGAUCUCCAAAUUUUUCUGCAAAGACAUCAGUACCACUCUCAAUGCUGAUGAAGCUGUAGCCAGAGGCUGUGCACUACAAUGCGCAAUUCUGUCUCCAGCGUUUAAGGUUCGGGAAUUCUCCAUCACUGAUGUGGUUCCCUUUCCCAUCACUCUGCGCUGGAAGUCACCAACAGAGGAUGGACUAGGAGAGUGCGAGGUAUUUAGCAAGAAUCAUGCUGCUCCUUUUUCCAAAGUGAUCACCUUCCACAAGAAGGAACCCUUUGAUCUUGAAGCGUUCUACAGUAGCCCCCAGGAGCUCCCCUACCUCGACCAAAGGAUAGGCUGCUUCUCAGUGCAGAAUGUGGUUCCCCAGCCAGACGGAAACAGCUCUAAAGUCAAAGUCAAAGUGCGCGUCAACAUUCACGGCAUCUUCAGUGUGUCCAACGCGUCGCUGAUCGAGAAGCAGAAGGGAGAAGGAGAGGACAUGCAAAUCGAAUCGGAGCCGAUGGCGCAGAAUGAAGGCCGGGAGGAGGAGCAGACCAAAAUGCAGGUGGAUCACGAAGGCCAAAGCCUAGGGGACCAGCAGAACGAGGACAGCACUAAGGAGGGUGUUUCUGGGGAGAAGCAGGAUCAAUCAGCAGGUGGAAGUAAACCUAAAGUCAAGGUGAAGAGUGUUGAUCUUCCCAUUGUGGCAAACAACAUUUGGCAGCUGGACAGUGAUGUUCUUAUUAACUUUGUGGAGCUUGAGCGUCAGAUGAUUAGCCAGGACAAACUGGUGAAAGAGGUGAACGAUGCUAAAAAUGCUGUGGAGGAGUAUGUUUAUGAUCUACGGGAAAAGCUCUGUGGAAUUUAUCAAAAGUACAUUAGCAAAGAGGACAGCAUCCGUCUGACGCUGAUGCUGGAUGACACGGAGAACUGGCUGUAUGAGGAUGGAGAGGACCAACCAAAACAAGUCUAUGAAGAGAAACUAGAUGCACUCAAGAGAUUUGUUCAGCCCAUUCAGGAGCGACACAGAGAGACUGAAAACAGACCAAGAGCUUUUGAAGAGCUUGGAAAGAAACUGCAGCUUUACAUGAAGUUUGUUGAUUCCUACAAAAAGAAGGAUGAAAGUUUUGUGCAUCUAAAUCCAGAGGAUGUAAGCACUGUGGAGAAGUGUGUGACUGAAAGCAUGGCCUGGAUGAACAACAAGAUGAAUGCACAGAGCAAACUUGCAAUAACUCAAGACCCGGUUGUUAAAGUAGCAGACAUCAUUGCAAAAAUUCAGGAGCUGGAGGGUGUUUGUGAUCCAGUGAUCAACAAACCAAAGCCCACAGUGGAGGAACCACCUGACGUGAAUGACUGUGGAGCUCAUAAUGGUCCAACACCUAAGCAAGAGGCAGAAGGGAAGGGAGACAAAAAGGGAAGUCAGGAUACAAAGCCUGGCAUGAAAGAAAUGGAGGUGGACUAAGAAGGGCAAACUCCUCAACGAUCACUGCUUUUACCAUCUCUCACCAUUUAGAUUGUAGCAAAAGAAACACCAGGGACCAUUCCUCAGUCUUCACCAGCCACUGUAGUGGAUUUGUUCUUGUGUCAUUUCCCAGUGGACUUUACCUUUUCAAAGACUUUGAUUUCACCAUUUCAUUCGUACAACAGUGCUUUGCCAUCCUCUCUCAAAGAUUUGAAAUGCCUAAGAAAUAAAAGAAUUUAGCAGUUGGUUUAAUUUUGAUUAUGACAUAAGGCUGUAUCAUUAUGCCAGAAAAGUGUGUUUCGUGAUUGCAUUUCAUAUAGUAGCAUUGUUUUUUUGAUCCAGAUAAGUACUGUUAAAAUGAUUGUUAAUGCAAUUAGUCCUUAGACGAUAAUCCAAACACAUGUAUACACAUGUACACAUGUAUUUGUAAUUGAUGAGAUUUAAAAAAGAUGUGUAGAGUUGUAUAUAUUCUUUUAGUAAAUAAAAAAGCCAGCAUAGAUGUGUGCAUAAAGGGUACAUUUUUUAUGUUAAAUUGAACACUUGGCACAGAAAUAUUAAAUUUUUUGUUUAGUUUUCUUAUUGAAAGAGCAAGUAACGUCUAAAUUAACUUUUUUUUGCUGAUAAACUGUAUAAAUGAGUGUAAUAGUGUUUUAAA